UGUGCUCUUCCGGCAGACGACGCUCGGACCGGGCAGGACGAGCAGGAAAGCCCGAGGCCGGAGCCGCCUUUCGUGUACACGGAGCGGGACUUCAUCCGGAGCGGCGUCGGGUGGUCGGGGUCGGGGUCCCGCCUGGACCGGGCGCUGUUGUCGGCCUGGGCCCGGCGCUUGGCUGCCGGCUGUUUCCGAUACCCGCUGCGGGGGCCCGAGAUGCCGAGCCGGGAGCUGCCGGGGCCCCGCCGCCUGCUGGCGCAGCUCAACGCCCAGCGGGCCAGCCAGCGCCGCCCGCCGCAGACCAUCGCCGGCCUCCGGCAGCCCUUCGACCCGCAGCGCUUCAACUUCAGCCGCGUCCCCGCCCGGGAGAUCCUCUUCCCGCUGCGCCGGGGCGGGGGGACCGAGGCCCGGGUCGGUGGCCAGCCCGAUCCCGGGGCCCGACCUGAGGCCCAGGCAGGAGCUCAGCCCGAGGCUCAGGUCCAGGUUGGGGCCCAAACUAAUCCCGGGGGUGUGGCCGACCUCAGGCCCCUGUCUGAGCCCCAGGACCAAGCGCAUUCCGGGGCCCGAACUGAUCCAGGGGCCCGGCCCCAAACCCAGGUCAAGCCUGAGGCCCAAGCAAGGCCUCUGUCUGAUCCCUGGACGCUGCACGAGGCCCGAGCCCAUUCCCGGGCCCAACUUGAUCCCGAUCCCCUGCCCGAGGCGGAGCAGGACGCCCUGCUGAUCAUCAACGACAGCCCGCUGGAGCAGGGCCACGUUCUGCUGGUGCCGGAGCCGGAGAAGCUGCUACCGCAGACACUUACGCGGGCCUCGGUGCUCCGGGCCCUGGAGCUGGUCUUGCUGAGCUCUGACCCGGCCUUCCGGGUGGGAUUCAACAGCCUGGGGGCCUUUGCCUCGGUCAACCACUUGCACCUGCACGGCUUCUACCUGCGGCACCGGCUGGAGGUAGAGUGGGCCCCCACCGAGCCGCUAGGUGUAAACGGGGCAGGGGCCCUUGUCCACCGGCUGUGCGGCCACUACACCCGGGCCCUGGUGCUGUACUCGGACGGCGGGGACUGUGAGGAGGUGGCAGACACUCUGCUCGCCAUCAUCCACCUGCUGCUGGAUCGCUCGGUGGCCCACAACCUGCUCCUGACCCGGGGCUGUGCGCUGGGGCCACAGCCCCCAGACCCCGACUCCCGGGACGGGGUGAGGCUCAUCCUGUGGCCCCGCCGCUCCUGCUUCGGCGCCAAGGACGGCUCGGCCUUUAACGUGGCGUUUUGCGAGCUGGCCGGCUUCCUGCCCGUGAAAACGGCCCCGGACUUCGAGACUCUGACCGAGGAGUCGGCGCUGCGGAUAAUCGGGGAGCAUCUGCUGCCGGCCGAGGAGUUCCAGCAGCUGGGCGCUGAAAUAACGGGACUCUCGCUGCACUGAAGGCCCGGCUUCAUUCAAUGAGAGACGCAGCAUGGAAACAGGCCCAUGGAGUCCAAGCCGCCAAAUGAUCGCCAAUUUACACUAGUUCUAUGUUAUUCCCACAUUCACAUCAACUAGGGGCAAUUUACAGAGGCCAAUAGACCUACAAACCAUAGAAACAAACAACUGCAGAUGCCGAUGUACAAAAAAAAUCCACAAAAUGCUGGAAUGACUCUGUGCCUUGGUCAGCACGGAUGUGAUGGGCUGAAGGACAUGUUUCCCUGAUGCAUGACUCUCUGAUUCU